CAAGAGAAAGCCAUAAUGAAGGGAGGAUCUACUCGUUCAUAACAACCCUACAGACCUCAAAAGAGUACUUAAACAUUGUAUGGAAGAAGUGGAAGUCUUUUUUGGAGGUCAUGGGAAACACACAGCCCAAUGCAAAUGAAAGCAACUGUGAGAACAUCACAAAUUUGAACAACUCCACCAAAAGCGAAGUACAGAUGGUGCUUCUGGGCACACUCAUGUCCAUUCUUGUCCUGGCCAUCGUCUUUGGCAACGUGUUGGUGAUAACAGCCAUCGGCCGUUUCCAACGACUUCAGAACGUCACUAAUUGCUUCAUUACAUCACUUGCUUGUGCUGAUCUGGUCAUGGGAUUGGUGGUGGUGCCUUUCGGCGCCCUUCACGUCAUCCUGAGCACUUGGCACUUCGGCAGCUUCUGGUGUGAUUUCUGGACGGCUACUGAUGUUCUGUGCGUCACGGCCAGUAUCGAAACGCUCUGUGUCAUCGCUCUAGAUCGCUACCUCGCCAUAACAUCCCCCUUCCGCUAUCAGUCCUUACUGACCAAGAGCAGAGCUCGCAUCAUUGUGCUGCUGGUGUGGGUCAUUGCCGGGCUCAUUUCCUUCCUACCAAUCUAUAUGAAGUGGUGGACUUCUGGCACAGAUGAAGCAAUUUGUUGCAUGAGUAACGCGACAUGCUGUGAAUUUUACACCAGCACUGCCUAUGCUAUCAUCUCGUCCAUAAUCUCCUUCUACAUCCCCCUGAUCAUCAUGGUUUUCGUAUACAGCCGCGUCUUCCAGGAAGCAAGAAAGCAACUGAAAAAGAUUGACAAAAGUGAAGGGCGAUUUCACGCUCAGAACAACAAUGCCAAAAAGCAAAAUGUGGUGAGCAGCCAUUGCGAGGUGAGGACCGCCAAGAAGCCCAAGUUCUGCCUGAAGGAACAUAAAGCUUUGAAGACUUUGGGCAUCAUAAUGGGUAUAUUCACACUGUGCUGGCUGCCGUUUUUUGUACUAAACGUGGUAGCGACAAUAAGUGAUGUGGACAACUUGACAUUCAGAAUAUUAAACUGGAUAGGCUACGCUAACUCAGCCUUCAACCCACUGAUCUACUGUAGGAGUCCAGAGUUCAGGUACGCUUUCAAGGAAAUCCUAUGCCUCAACAGGUCACGCUACCCUAACGUUAGGCCAACCAAUGGAUAUAUAUAUAGUGGGCAUAGCUGGAAGAGUGAACACAGAGGGCGAAGCAAAGGCAGCUCAGAGGACAGUGACCCAGCUGAGGGCAACUCGGAGAAAGACGGAUGCAUGUCAGCAGAUAAAACAGACUCUAAUGGGAACUGCAGUAAAAACCUAAUGAGUGUGUUAUAAAUCACCUUGCGAGUCCUGACUCAUUCCAAUGUGACUUCUCAAUAUGUCACAUAAGGACAGGUUACGCCUCCUCUGGUAAGUGGCCAAUGGUGGGUGUGUGAUGGAAAAAAGGACAUAUUUAAAAAAAAAAUUUCUUCAUCUACCUCAUUGUUUCUAGAUUCACUUUAUCGGUUCAUUUCACCAUGACCUCGCUCAAAAAGGUUAGCGCACACAAAAAACAACAACAAAAUUAAAGUUAAAAAUGCUUUCAGUUUUAAAUGGAGAGAAAUGUUCAGAAAGAAUGUACUUCUAUGACAUUCAAGAUAAACGACACUUUGAACUGGUUGUUCACUAGAGGGACUUCCUUCUUGAGUCAUCUUGCAUAAAUUGAGGAACUGAGCUGCAGUUUUAAAGAAUGAUCUGCUUUCAUUAGAUUAGCAGAGUAAAACAGGGGUUGCCUUUUUGAAGCAAUUUUUACUUGUUACUUGGUUCAAAUUGGAUUCUAUAAAAUGUCUGUGUUAAAAUUCACCCAACCCAGCACUGAGACAACACCUCUUACCAAAAUGCAAAAGGAAAUGAAACCACAUGGCCAACCCCGUUUGUUUAAGCA